AUGGUUGGAAUUGAUCAGUCUGAAAACAAUGAUUUCAAGAUAGAUGCGCAGGGUGUGUUGAGAUUCGCCAAUCGAAUUUGUAUUCCCGAAGACACGGAGAUGAAAAAGAUGAUCCUUGAGGAAAGUCAUAAAAGAAAGUUGAGUAUUCAUCCAAGAGCUACUAAAAUGCUUACGAAGUCGGCUCACUUCAUUCCUAUUAGCAUCAGUUUCCCAGUACCAAAGUUGAAAGAGAUUUAUAUAAGUGUAAUUGUGAAGUUGCAUGGUGUUCCAUUUUGUAUUGUUUCAGAUAGAGAUCUGAGGUUUACUUCUGAUUUUUGGAAGAGUCUGCAAGAGGCGUUAGGUUCUAAGAUGAGAUUGAGUUCAGCGUAUCAUUCUCUGACAAAAGCUAUUGAAGUGAAGAAUCUUGAGAGUAUCACUGAAGUACCCAGCUUAGAGGGCACCAGUAAUGAGACACCUGAGGAGAAGUGGACUGUGGUUAGCUCGAACAAAUCAGAUAAAGCAAAGAAGAAAAUUUUGUUCACACCUGGAGUUGACAUGUCAGUGCAGAAUGUUUUCAUGCCUCUUGGGAUUGGAGUUGUUCCAGGGGAGGGAAGCAGUGGUUCUUUGCUUGAAACUAGGGUUAAAAAAGAUAAUGCUAGUAAGAUUAGACAGAAGUUUGGGAAGGAUUGGUCCUACUUGGACAAUUAUUCCCAUCACAAUAAUGGUAGGAUUUGGAUAAUAUGGAAGAACCAGGAAGUACAAAUAAAGUUGGUGUGUGAGGAGGAGCAGUUUAUUCAUGUGGAAGUGAGGGGCCUGGAUGGGAGCUUUCAGUAUUUUGCUACCAUUGUAUAUGCCAUGAAUCAGCUUAAUAGAAGGAAAGUGUUGUGGGAGCAAAUUGAUAAUUUGGGCAAUGCCAUUAACAUGCCUUGGAUUGUGAUGGGUGACUACAACAAUGUCCUCUCUAGUAAGGAUAGAAUAGGAGGGAAUCCUGUGCACAUUUCUGAGUAUUGUGACCUAGAUGAUAUGAUGCAAAGGCAGGGGUUGUAUGAGGAUCCUUCUAGAGGCUGUCACUAUACAUGGUCUAAUAAGCACAUUACAGGCACUAUUUACUCGAUGAUUGAUAGACUAAUAGGGAAUGUACAGUGGUUCCAGGUGUUUCAGGAGGCCGGUGUAGAAGUGCUUCACCCUAAUAUUUUUGACCACUCCCCUGUGAGGGUCAAGAGACAAACUGAGAAAGUUAUGGAGCUUAGCCAAAUGGAAGAAGGCAGUCUUCAGCAGAAAGCAAAGGUGGAUUGGCUACAGCUAGGAGAUGGUAACAAUUCUUUUUUCCACACUGUUGUGAGAGAAAAAAAUAAGCAAAAUAACAUGGUUAGUCUUACCUCUCUAACAGGAGUUGAGCUUAGCAAAAAAGAGGAUAUUGCUGAAGAGAUCAUUGGGUUUUACAAAUCUCUGGUGGGGACUGCUGCACAUACUCUUCAGGGUAUUGAUUUGCCUUGCCUUAUGAGAGGUAAUACCUUGUCUAGGAAGGGUGCCCUUAGCCUCAUUCAACCUUUCUCUGAACAGGAGGUGUGGGAUGCCCUUAGUGGCAUAGGGAACACUAAGGCCCCUGGAAUGGAUGGCUUCAACUCCUUCUUCUUUAAAGAAUCCUGGCAGGUUGUUAAGUAUGACGUCAUGGCAGCUAUGCAUGAGUUCUAUCAGACUGGCAGGAUGCACAAAGGCCUGAAUUGCUCCUUAAUUACCCUAAUCCCCAAGACUAAUGAAGCCAAGACUAUAAAGGACUGGAGACCCGUCUCUUGUUGUAGUACCUUUUACAAGAUCUUGUCUAAGGUACUCACUAGAAGGCUGAGCAGAGUUAUUGGCACUGUUGUGAAUGAGAAUCAGUCAGCUUUCAUUCCUGGCAGGAUUAUUCAUGACAACAUCAUGAUUACUCAAGAGCUUGUAAGAGGCUAUGGUAGGAAGAAUAUUUCUCCUAGAUGUAUGAUCCAAAUGGACAUACAAAAAGCUUAUGACACUGUUAAAUGGACUGCUCUACAACAGAUUAUGAGUGCCCUUGGUUUUCCUUACAAGUAUGUCCAAUGGAUUAUGGCUUGUGUGGAAACUGUCUCCUACAGAUUUGCUCUUAAUGGAGAACCUAGUGAUCUACUUAAGGCAAAGAGAGGGGUUCUACAGAGUCUGAAGGACAAUCCUGGAUUCAGAUUUCAUCCCAAAUGCAAAAAGCUGAAUAUUGUGAAUGUUUGUUUUGCUGAUGACAUUAUUCUGUUUUCCAAGGCUGACAUGAAUUCUAUUAGGAUCCUCAUGGAUAAAGUCAAAGAGUUUUCCCAGGCUACAGGGCUUCAUAUGAGUAUCCCUAAAAGCAAGAUUUAUUUUGGUGGUGUGGACAGUAGUAAACAAGGCUAG